AUGACUGUCAAGGCGUGUGACAAUGCACAAGCAACAAGGUGUCAACGAAGGUCUCAGGGUGUGACCACUGUCAAGGCGUGUGACAAUGCACAAGCAACAAGGUGUCAACGAAGGUCUCAGGGUGUGACCACUGUCAAGGCGUGUGACAAUGCACAAGCAACAAGGUGUCAACGAAAGUCUCAGGGUGUGACCACUGUCAAGGCGUGUGACAAUGCACAAGCAACAAGGUGUCAACGAAGGUCUCAGGGUGUGACCACUGUCAAGGCGUGUGACAAUGCACAAGCAACAAGGUGUCAACGAAGGUCUCAGGGUGUGACCACUGUCAAGGCGUGUGACAAUGCACAAGCAACAAGGUGUCAACGAAGGUCUCAGGGUGUGACCACUGUCAAGGCGUGUGACAAUGCACAAGCAACAAGGUGUCAACGAAGGUCUCAGGGUGUGACCACUGUCAAGGCGUGUGACAAUGCACAAGCAACAAGGUGUCAACGAAGGUCUCAGGGUGUGACCACUGUCAAGGCGUGUGACAAUGCACAAGCAACAAGGUGUCAACGAAGGUCUCAGGGUGUGACCACUGUCAAGGCGUGUGACAAUGCACAAGCAACAAGGUGUCAACGAAGGUCUCAGGGUGUGACCACUGUCAAGGCGUGUGACAAUGCACAAGCAACAAGGUGUCAACGAAGGUCUCAGGGUGUGACCACUGUCAAGGCGUGUGACAAUGCACAAGCAACAAGGUGUCAACGAAGGUCUCAGGGUGUGACCACUGUCAAGGCGUGUGACAAUGCACAAGCAACAAGGUGUCAACGAAGGUCUCAGGGUGUGACCACUGUCAAGGCGUGUGACAAUGCACAAGCAACAAGGUGUCAACGAAGGUCUCAGGGUGUGACCACUGUCAAGGCGUGUGACAAUGCACAAGCAACAAGGUGUCAACGAAGGUCUCAGGGUGUGACCACUGUCAAGGCGUGUGACAAUGCACAAGCAACAAGGUGUCAACGAAGGUCUCAGGGUGUGACCACUGUCAAGGCGUCUGACAAUGCACAAGCAACAAGGUGUCAACGAAGGUCUCAGGGUGUGACCACUGUCAAGGCGUGUGACAAUGCACAAGCAACAAGGUGUCAACGAAGGUCUCAGGGUGUGACCACUGUCAAGGCGUGUGACAAUGCACAAGCAACAAGGUGUCAACGAAGGUGUCAGGGUGACACCACACAGAUCAUGAUCUAA